AUGUUUUGUCCAUCAAGUGUAUUUUCUACAGAGACAUCUGGUAUCACAACGACAUAUUCAACGACUCGAACUUUGAGCACAGUAUCGACAGAAAUACCACUAUCAACAAACAUUCUAUCAUCAACGGAAAUUUCAUCAUCAACAGACAUUUCUUCAAAAGUAUUUUCAUCAUCAACAAAAAUUCCAUUGUCAACAGAAAAUCCAUCAUCAACAGAUGUUUCAAUAUCAACAGAAAUUCUGCCAUCAACAAAAAUUUCAUCAUCAAUGAAAAUUUCAUCAUCAACAGGAAUUCCAUUAUCAACAGAAAUUUCAUCAUCAACAGAAAUUCCAUCAUCUUCAGAAAAAUCAUUUUCAACAGAAACUUCACCUUCGUCUUCAUCUACUCGUACAAGCAAACUGACUUCAACCACAGAAGUGUCAUCAUCAACAGUUUCGCAGAGGUCAACUAUAACAGUAACAUCAGUAAGUACCGGCACACUAUCGACAGAUAUAGCAUUAACGACGGAAAGGUCAAGUGCAAUUACCAGUGUGUCAAUAGCUUCCAGUUCAAUUAUAAUUCCAUCUCAAGAAAGCAGCUCUACUGAUGUGUCUACGGAAGCAAGCACAGCACAAAGUCAAAAAACCACAUCAACAAAAAAUACAAGAAUACCUUCAAGUUCUAGUUCUCAUGGCUUGUCGUCAACAAGCUCAGUGUCCUCUCCUUCACCCACCGUUACAUUAAGCACAACAGAAAUAGGAAAAACAAGCGGAACCAGCUCAAUAAUUCACUCGUCAACUACUUCUGCGACUCCGUCUACAAUGCAAUCAACACUUUUACGUUCUACAACUGAUUUUAUACUAAUUUCAACGACAAACAUAUCGAAAACAACACCCUCAGAUAUUUCAUCAUCAACGCAACUAAGUUCAUCAACGACAAGUUAUUACAUUUCAACAAUAUCAUCGACAUCAGUAACCGAGUUUAACUCACAAAGUACAAACGUUUCAAGUACAAAGACAAAAGGUACAUUAUCAACAACCGAUUUUAACUUUUCGUCAACAUCAUUUCCGCAGACUUCAUUUAACUCAAGUACAGAGACAUCUGGUUUUUUUACGACGUAUUCAUUUGCAACAAUAUCGACAGAAACGUCACAUUCAACAGAAGUUUUAUCAUCAACAGAAACGUCGCCAUCAUCAGGAAUUCCAUCAUCAACAGAGAUUUUAUCCACAACAGACAGUUCAUCAACUGUAAUUUCUACAUCUACAGGAAAUUCAUCGGCGUUUUCAUCAACAGUUAAAAACAAAUCGACUUCUUCAACUGAAGUGUCAUCAAUAACAAAUAGUGUCUCGCAGAGAACAACAGUAUCAGUUACAUCAAGUACUAACAUAUUAUCGACAGGUAUCGCUUCCUCAAUAAGGGAACGUUCAAGUUUAGUGACAGGUGUUCCGACAACUUCUAGUUCAGUUUCAAUACCUUCACAAGAAAGUAGUUCUUCUGACAGUUCUACGGUAGCAAGCACCGAGCAAAGUCAAGAAACCUCAUCAAAAACAAAUACAAUAAUACCGUCAAGUUCAAGUGCUAGUAGCGUGUCGGUAACAACCUCAUCACCAUCGUCUUCAUCAACCAAUAAAUUUAGUUCGAAGAAAACAGGCAAAACAACCAAAUUCCUCUCAACUAAAUUAACUUCCACGGACUUAAGUUCUACUCCGUUUAGCACAUUUACUUCUGCUGGUACAGAAAAAAGUACUUCCAGUGCGUAUACUUCGACAGACAAACGAACUACUGAAGUUAUAUCAACUACAAUUUCUACGAGUCAAAUAUACAAAAGCACAUACACGUCGUCGACAGAUAUUAGCACAUUUGCAGAAAGUUCGACUGAAGGAAAAUCAAAGUUUACCUCUAAAAUAACAUCUACUUCCUACAUCUCAACUAAAAGUCUUUCCACGGUUAGUUCUACUCAUUUGAGCACGGUUACAUCUGCUGCCACAGAUACAAGUAGUUUGACACCGACGGUAAUCAGUACACAGAAAAUCUCUUCCACUGAUUCUACUAAGUAUAUAUCUUCUAUAGCUACUUCAGCAGGUCAUGAAACAAGCAGUGUCAUGCCAACUGUUUACAGUACCACUGGACGCAGUUCAACUGAAUAUAGUUCAACAAAAAUACCACCUUCCCAAUUCGAGUCAUCUACAACUUCUUCUAUCAGAAUUGAAACAAGCACAUUUAGCUUAACAGAAAUAAGUACAUUCGGACAAAGUUCAACAGAAAGCAAAUCGACAUCUCCUUCUACAAGAACAUCCACUCAAUUCAUUUCAGCUAAAACAACUUCACGCACUGACACUACAUCCACAGAAUUUAUUUCAUUUGGAAAAGGCUCACCCAUAAGCAAAUCAGCCCCUACCACUCAAAAAACGUCAACCUACUUUUCCUCAACUGAAUUAACUUCUUCGGACAUCAGUUCCACUCCGAUCAGCACAUUUACCUUUGCGAGUACGGACAAAAGUACAUCCAUACGGUCAGAAUUCAGUAAAUCAACAGUCAUCUCUGCAUUGGUUACAUCAUCCACUGUUGGUUCUGCAGGCACUCGAACAAGUUCUUAUAAACCGACUGUAAAAAGUACAUCUGUAAUAAGCUCAAGUGUAUAUAGCUCAACAGACACAAGAACUACAAAACUGAAAUCAUCUACAAUUUCUACGAGUCGAAUUUAUACAAGCACAUACACGUCGACAGAAUCAAGUACAUUUGGAAAACGUUCGACUGUAAGCGAGUCGACGUUCACUUCCAAACUAACAUCAAACAAACCAACUCCUACCCCUAAAACUACACCAAACCAAUUCCUCUCAACUAAAUUAACUUCCACGUACUUAAGUUCUUCUUCGUUCAGCACAUUUACUUCUGCGGGUACAGAAAGAAGUACUUCCAGUGCGUUUACUUCGACAGACAAACGAACUACUGACGUUAUAUCAACUACAAUUUCUACGAGUCAAAUAUACAAAAGCACAUACACGUCGUCGACAGAUACAAGUGUCAGUAGCGUGUCGUUAACAACCUCAAUACCAUUGUCUUCAUCAACCAAUAAAUUUAGUACGAAGAAAACAGAUAAAACAAGCAGCACAAGUUCAGUAGUGUACUCGUCAACUACUGCUUUGACUCCAACUUCAGCAACAUUUAUAUCAGUAUCAACAUUUACACCUUCAACUACAAAUUUCACACUAAGAUCGACGACGACACUAUCGGGUACUAUGUCAACAACUGAUAUGAAUGUUUCGUCAACAACUAUUCAGCGUAUUUCAUCAAGUACAGAGACCACUGGUAUCAAAACAGGAACUCAAACUUCAAGCACAAUUUCGACAGGUUUGCCACCGUCAACUGGCAUUCCAUCUUCAACAGCAGUUCAAACAUCAACAGAAAUUUCAUCAACAGAAAUUCCGACAUCAACAGAAAUUCAAUCAUCAACAGACAUUUCAUUAUCUACAGGAACUUCAUCAACAAAAAUUUCGUUAUCAAAAGAAAGUUCAUCGACGUUUUCUUAUACAAAGAAACAUACUUCAACUGAAAUGUCUUCGAUAACUAACAGUGUUUCAAAGAGUUCAACUAUAUCAUUAAUAUCAUUAACUACUCACACAAUGUCGACAGAUACCGCAUCAACGACGGAACGUUCAAGUGCAAUUACUAGUAUUCCGAUAACUUCUAGUUCAGUUAUAACAUUUUCGCAAGAAAGUAGCUCUACCAGGAUGUCUUCAGUAGAAAGCACAGAGCAAAGUCAGAAAACUUCAUCCACAACAGAAGCAAGGACGCUUUCAAGUUCAAGUCCUCAACGGGAGUCGUCAACUAGCUCAUUACCAUUGUUUUCAACAAGCUCAGUACCAUCGUCUUCAUCAGUCAGCUUUAGCACAACUGAAAUACGCAGAACAAGCAACUUAAGUUCGGUAGAUUUCUCAUCUAGUACUACAGAGACUUUAUCUACAGCAACAUUUAUAUCGGUAUCAACGUCUACACCUUCAACAACUGGUUUAACACUAAGGUCGACGUCAACAGUUUCGGCUCUUCCAAGUUCAUCAACAUCAAGUAAAUACAUUUCGUCGACUGUUUCGCAAGACACAUCAAAAUCCGAUUUAACCUCGCAGAAAGUUUCCUCAGUCAGGACUAUUACAACAGGACGUAGCAGUGUAACCUUUUCAGAAACAAUUUCCGAACGAAGUAGAUCUACAUUCUCAACAUCAGAUACAAGUGCCAUUGUUUCGAGUUCUACUCAUACUGUACGACAAAGUCCUGAAACAAGCAGUGUCAUGCCAACUGUAUACAGUACCACUAGACACAGUUCAACUGAAUAUAGUUCAACAACAAUACGACCUUCCCAAUUUGAGUCAUCUACAACUUCUUCUACCGGAAUCGAAACAAGCACAUUUAGCUUAACAGAAAUGAGUACAUUCGGACAAAGUUCAACAGAAAGCAAAUCGACAUCUCCUUCUACAAGAACAUCCACUCAAUUCAUUUCAGCUAAAACAACUUCACGCCCUGACACUACAUCCACGCAAUUUAUUUCAUUUGGAAAAGGCUCACCCAUAAGCAAAUCAACCCCUAUCACUCAAAAAACAUCUACCUACCUUUCCUCAACUGAAUUAACUUCUUCGGACAUCAAUUCCACUCCAAUCAGCACAUUUACAUCUGCGAGUACGGAUAUAAAUACAUCCACACUGUCAAAAUUCAGUACACCAACAGUUAUUUCCUCUGCAUUGGUUACAUCAUCCACUGUUGGUUCUGCAGGCACUCGAACAAGUUCAUAUAAACCGACAGUAAUUAGUACAUCUGUAAUAAGCUCAAGUGUAUAUAGCUCAACAGACACAAGAACUACAAAGCUGAAAUCAUCCACAAUUUCUACGAGUCGAAUUUAUGCAAGCACAUACACGUCGACAGAAUCAAAUACAUUUGGAAAACGUUCGACUGUAAGUGAGUCGACGUUCACUUCCAAAAUAACAUCAAACAAACCAACUCCUACCCCUAAAACUACACCAACCCAUUUCCCCUCAACUAAGUUAACUUCCACGGACUUAAGUUCUACUUCGUUCAGCACAUUUACUUCUGCGAGUACGGACAGAAGAACUUCCAUUGCGUAUACUUCGACAGACAAACGAACUACUGACGUUAUAUCAACUACAAUUUCUACGAGUCAAAUAUACAAAAGCACAUACACGUCGUCGACUAAAAUAAGUACAUUUGCAGAAAGUUCGACAGAAGGAAAAUCAAAGUUUACCUCUGAAAUAACAUCUACUCCCUAUAUCUCAACUAAAAGUCUUUCCACGGAGAGUUCUACUCAUUUGAGCACGGUUACAUCUGCUGCCACAGAUACAAGUAGUUUGACACCGACGGUAAUCAGUACACAGGAAAUCUCUUCCACGGAUUCCACUAAGUAUACUUCUUCUAUAGCUACUUCAGCAGGUCCUGAAACAAGCAGUGUCAUGACAACUGUAUACAGUACCACUGGACUCAGUUCAACUGAACAUAGUUCAACAAAAACACGACCUUCCCAAUUCGAGUCAUCUUCAACUUCUUCUACCGGAAUCGAAACAAGCACAUUCAGCUUAACAGAAAUAAGUACAUUCAGACAAAGUUCAACAGAAAGCAAAUCGACAUCUCCUUCUACAAGAACAUCCACUCAUAUCAUUUCAGCUAAAACAACUUCACGCCCUGACACUACAUCCACGCAAUUUAUUUCAUUUGGAAAAGGCUCACCCAUAAGCAAAUCAGCCCCUAUCACUCAAAAAACAUCAACCUACCUUUCCUCAACUGAAUUAACUUCUUCGGACAUCAGUUCCACUCCAAUCAGCACAUUUACAUCUGCGAGUACGGAUAUAAGUACAUCCACACUGUCAAAAUUCAGUACAUCAACAGUUAUUUCCUCUAUAUUGGUUACAUCAUCCACUGUUGGUUCUGCAGGCACUCGAACAAGUUCUUAUAAACCGACAGUAAUUAGUAUAUCUGUAAUAAGCUCAAGUGUAUAUAGCUCAACAGACACAGGAACUACAAAGCUGAAAUCAUCCACAAUUUCUACGAGUCGAAUUUAUGCAAGCACAUACACGUCGGCAGAAUCAAGUACAUUUGGAAAACGUUCGACUGUAAGUGAGUCGACGUUCACUUCCAAAAUAACAUCAAACAAACCAACUCCUACCCCUAAAACUACACCAACCCAUUUCCCCUCAACUAAGUUAACUUCCACGGACUUAAGUUCUACUUCGUUCAACAUAUUUACUUCUGCGAGUACGGACAGAAGUACUUCCAGUGCGUAUACUUCGACAGAACAACGAACUACUGAAGUUAUAUCAACUACAAUUUCUACGAGUCAAAUAUACAAAAGCACAUACACGUCGUCGACUGAAAUAAGUACAUUUGCAGAAAGUUCGACAGAAGGAAAAUCAAAGUUUACCUCUGAAAUAACAUCUACUCCCUACAUCUCAACUAAAAGUCUUUCCACGGAGAGUUCUACUCAUUUGAGCACGGUUACAUCUGCUGCCACAGAUACAAGUAGUUUGACACCGACGGUAAUCAGUACACAUAAAAUUUCUACCACGGAUUCCACUAAGUAUAUAUCAUCUGUUGCUACUUCAGCAGGUCCUGAAACAAGCAGUGUCGUGACAACUGUAUACAGUACGACAGGACUCAGUUCAACUGAAUAUAGUUCAACAGAAAUACGACCUUCCAAAUUCGAGUCAUCUACAAUUUCCUCUACCAGAAUUGAAACAAGCACAUUCAGCGUAACUGAAAUAAGUACAUUCGGACAAAGUUCAACAGAAAGGAAAUCGACAUCUCCUUCUACAAGAACAUCCACUCAGUUCAUUUCAGCUAAAACAACUUCACGUCCUGACACUACAUCCACGCAAUUUAUUUCAUUUGGGAAAGGCUCACCCAUAAGCAAAUCAAUCACUCAAAAAACAUCAACCCACUUUUCCUCAACUGAAUUAACUUCUUCGGACAUCACUUCCACUCCUAUCAGCACAUUUACCUCUGCGAGGACGGACAAAAGUACAUCCACACCGUCUGAAUUCAGUACACCAACAGUUAUCUCCUCUACAUUGGUUACAUCAUCCACUGUGGGUUCUGCAGGCACUCGAACAAGUUCUUAUAAACCGACUAUAAAUAGUACACCUGUAAUUACGUUAUCAACGUUUUCGUUCACAACUACAGACGUGUCGUCUUCUUUCAUGUCAUCUGCAAUUACACUUGUAACAUCCACGACUAAUGUCUCAUCUCCAAGGGAAACAAGUUCAGAACAGGUUUCCUUAUCAACAAGCAGUUCCACAGUUGAAAGCAGUUCAGUACAGACAGAAACGUCAACAACGACCGUUAUGUCAUCAUUACGCACACUAUCAAGCAUACAUACAGAAAGUUCAACUGCUCCGAUUGUCUCGACAGUAUCAUUUGAGCAGAGUUCAUUUUAUUCGAUCACAGCGUCAACACAUAGCGAUACUGUAACAGAUGAAUUAUCUUCCACAACGUCCAAAACACCUCUUACGUCCUCGAUAAAAACAGGAACGACUGUUCUGUCAACAACUUUUUCUGACAGAAUUACAGUCACUAGUGGAUUUAGUUCCUUAUCUAGUUCUAUAACAGAGAGGUCCUCAAAAACUCCAACUAUAUCUACAUGGACCAGGGAACCUUCUUCCACAACACCUGCUACCGUAAUAUCCUCAGACAUCACGACUAAAGAUAUUUCAAGCACAUUUAAAACGUCGCCUGAACUUACUUCCAUUGAAUUUAGUUCUACUGAGUUUAAGUCAUCUAAACCCUCUACUGAAAUAAGUACGGGUACAUUCUCGACAACGGGAUUUGGUAUAAAUGGGAAAGGGUCACCUUUGAGUAAAUCAACAUUUAGUCCUGAGAUCACAUCAACGUCUGUCUCAACUGAACUUAGUUCUGAUUAUACAUCUAGUAGAUUCAGCACCGAUACAUCUGCUCAAACAUACACAAGUAGUAAACAGCCAACCGGAAUAAGUUCAACGAAUAUCACUUCUUCUGUACCGACUACGUUUAGAUCAACUUCCACAAAGACUGAUGCAAGUAGUUUCAAACCGACUGUCUACAGUACCUCUGAAAUCAGAUCAACUGUAUAUACCUCAACUCAAAUUGACUACAGUUCAACAGAAAUUAGACCAACUAAAUUUACGUCAGUCAUAACUUCCACUAAACCUGAUGCAAGCACAAAAAUUUCGACAGAAUUUAGUACAUCUUGGAAAAGUUCGACUUCAGUCACAUCAACUGUCCGUCCUGAUAUUACAUCUACUCAGUUUAUUUCCACACCAAUUAUUUCUACUGAACGAGGUUCUACUGCCUUUAGCACAACCUCUCAUACAAGUAUAGAAACAACCAGUUUGAGUCAAACUGUAUUUAGUACUCAGGAAAUCACUUCAAAUGUUCCAACACAAUUUAGAUCUUCUACAAUAACCAAAACUGUAAAAACUGAUACAAGUAGUACUCGGCCGACAGAAUACAGUACAUCUUAUAUUAGUUCACCUGGAUAUAGUUCAACAGAAACUCGACCUACCAAAUUUAAGUCAAGUACAACAGUUUCUGUUGAAACAGAGACAAGCACAUACACAUCAACUGAAUUUAUUUCUCGUGGAAAAGGUUCACCUGUGAGCAAAUCAACCAUACUUCCAGAUAUUACAUCAACCCUGUUCGUUUCAACUGAAAUCAUUCCUACCGCAACUGGUUCUACUGAAUCUACGACGACUUCUUCUGCGAUAGAAACAAGUAGUUUUAUACCAACUGUAUUCAGUUCACCGGUUACCACUUCUAUUGAGCCUACACAAUUAAGAACUUCUUCUGCAACCACGACCGUUAGAAGGGAUACAAGUAGUUUUGUUCCAUCAGAACGUAGUACACCUGAAAUUAGUUCAACUGAAUAUAGUUCAAUUCAAACUAGAACAGCCACAUUUAAGUCAGCUAAAACGUCUGCUGAAAUAGUCACAAGCACAUAUAUGUUGACAGAAUUUACUACACAAGGAAAAAGCUCACCUUUUACCAAAACAACCUUUAAACCAGAAAUUACAUCAACACAAUACUCUUCGACUGGAAUUAUUUCUACUGAGCUUGCUUCCACUGAAGUAAGUACGACUUCUUCUACCGAGAUAAAAACAAGUAGUGAUAGACCAACUGCAUUCAGUACACCGGUGAUCACUUCAUUUGAACCGACAAAGCUUAGGUCUUCUGCUACAACCAGGCCUGUUGGAACUGACACAAGUAGUUCUCUUCCGACUGAACUAAGUACAUCUGAAAUCAGUUCAAUUAAAUACAGUUCGACAGAGAUAAGAACUACCAAAUCUAAGUCAUCAACAUCUGCCCCAGUUGAACCAACAAAGUUUAGAUCUACUAGCACAGAAAGUUCUGUCGGAACUGACACAAGUAGAUUUGUAACGACAGAACAAGGUACCACUGAAAUCAGAUCAACUGUAUAUACCUCAACUCAGAUUGACUACAGUUCAACAGAAAUUAGACCAACUAAAUUUACGUCAGUCAUAACUUCCACUAAACCUGAUGCAAGCACAAAAAUGUCGACAGAAUUUAGUACACCUGGGAAAAGUUCGACUUCAUUUACAUCAACUGUCCGUCCUGAUAUUACAUCUACUCAGUUUAUUUCCACACCAAUUAUUGCUACUGAACGAGGUUCUACUGCCUUUAGCACAACCCCUCGUACAAGUAUAGAAACAACCAGUUUGAGUCAAACCGUAUUUAGUACUCAGGAAAUCACUUCAAAUGUUCCAACACAAUUUAGAUCUUCUACAAUGACCAAGACUGUAAAAACUGAUGCAAGUAGUACUCGGCCGACAGAAUACAGUACAUCUUAUAUUAGUUCGCCUGGAUAUAGUUCAACAGAAAUUCGACCUACCAAAUUUAAGUCAAGUACAACAGUUUCUGUUGAAACAGUGACAAGCACAUACACAUCAGCUGAAUUUAUUUCUCGUGGAAAAGGUUCACCUAUUAGCAAAUCAACCAUUCUUCCAGAUAUUACAUCAACCCAGUUCGUUUCAACUGAAAUCAUUUCUACCGCAACUGGUUCUACUGAAUCUAUGACGACUUCUUCUGUGAUAGAAACAAGUACAUUUAUACCAACUGUAUUCAGUUCACCGGUUACCACUUCUAUUGAGCCUACACAAUUUAGAACUUCUUCUGCAACCACGACCGUUAGAAGGGAUACAAGUAGUUUUGUUCCAUCAGAACGUAGUACACCUAAAAUUAGUUCAACUGAAUAUAGUUCAAUUCAAACUAGAACAGCCACAUUUAAGUCAGCUAAAACGUCUGCUGAAAUAGUCACAAGCACAUAUAUGUCGACAGAAUUUACUACACAAGGAAAAAGCUCACCUUUUACCAAAACAACCUUUAAACCAGAAAUUACAUCAACACAAUACUCUUCGACUGGAAUUAUUUCUACUGAGCUUGCUUCCACUGAAGUAAGUACGACUUCUUCUACCGAGAUAAAAACAAGUAGUGAUAGACCAACUGCAUUCAGUACACCGGUGAUCACUUCAUUUGAACCGACAAAGCUUAGGUCUUCUGCUACAACCAGGCCUGUUAGAACUGACACAAGUAGUUCUCUUCCGACUGAACUAAGUACAUCUAAAAUCAGUUCAAUUAAAUACAGUUCGACAGAGAUAAGAACUACCAAAUCUAAGUCAUCAACUUCUGCCCCAGUUGAACCAACAAAGUUUAGAUCUACUACCACAGACAGUUCAACAGAAAUUAGACCAACUAAAUUUACGUCAGUCAUAACUUCCACUAAACCUGAUGCAAGCACAAAAAUUUUGACAGAAUUUAGUACACCUGGGAAAAGUUCGACUUCAUUUACAUCAACUGUCCGUCCUGAUAUUACAUCUACUCAGUUUAUUUCCACACCAAUUAUUUCUACUGAACGAGGUUCUACUGCCUUUAGCACAACCCCUCGUACAAGUAUAGAAACAACCAGUUUGAGUCAAACUGUAUUUAGUACUCAGGAAAUCACUUCAAAUGUUCCAACACAAUUUAGAUCUUCUACAAUGACAAAGACUGUGAAAACUGAUGCAAGUAGUACUCGGCCGACAGAAUACAGUACAUCUUAUAUUAGUUCACCUGGAUAUAGUUCAACAGAAACUCGACCUACCAAAUUUAAGUCAAGUACAACAGUUUCUGUUGAAACAGAGACAAGCACAUACACAUCAACUGAAUUUAUUUCUCGUGGAAAAGGUUCACCUAUUAGCAAAUCAACCAUACUUCCAGAUAUUACAUCAACCCUGUUCAUUUCAACUGAAAUCAUUUCUACCGCAACUGGUUCUACUGAAUCUAUGACAACUACUUCUGCGAUAGAAACAAGUACUUUUAUACCAACUGUAUUCAGUUCACCGGUAACCACUUCUAUUGAGCCUACACAAUUUAGAACUUCUUCUGCAACCACGACCGUUAGAAGGGACACAAGUAGUUUUGUUCCAUCAGGACAUAGUACACCUGAAAUUAGUUCAACUGAAUAUAGUUCAAUAAAAACUGGAACCCCCACAUUAAAGUCAGCUAAAACGUCUGCUGAAAUAGUCACAAGCACAUACAUGUCGACAGAAUUUACUACACUAGGUAAAAGCUCACCCUCUGGGACGACACCUUCUUCUAGAAUAAAAACAAGUAGUAUAAGACCAACUGUGCUAAGUACACCGAUUAUUACAUCCAUGGAGCCAACGCAACUUUUAUCUUCUACUAGAGGCACAACUGUUGGAACUGAGGUUAGUAGUCUUCCACCAACGGAAUAUAGUACACCUGAAAUGAGUUCUGUGGCAUAUAGUUCAACAGAAGUUGAGUCUACUAAACUGCAGUCAACUACAACAACAACUGCUGAGACAGGUUCAAGCACAUAUAAGUCGACAGAAUAUAGCACAAAUGAAAAAGGUUCACCUAUAAGCAAAUCAACCAUAUUCCCAUAUGUUUCAACUACCCAAUUUGUUUUUACAUCAACUGAACCAAGUUCUACAGAAUUUAGGACAACUACUUCUACGGAGACAAGUAGUUAUGGGUCAAGCGUAUUUAGCUCGCCUAUAGUCACUUCCAUGGAACCUACACAAUAUCUAUCCACCACUGUUGGAACUGAGGCAAGUAAACCGACAGAAAUCAGUACACCUGAAAUUAGUUCUAUCGAAUAUAGUUCAACGGAAGUUGAACCUACUAAAGUAAAUUUAACGACAACAACAAUUUUGACGGAAACCAGUAGCUAUGAAAAAGGUUCGCCUAUAAGCAAAUCAACCUUUCUUCCAGAUAUUACAUCUACUCAGUUUGUCUUCACGUCUACUGAACAAGGUUCUACAGACUUUAGGACAACUACACCUGAAAGUACGGAGACAAGUAUAGUCACUUCAAUUGAACCUACAAAAUUUUUAUCCACGACUCUUAGAACUAAAGCUAGUAGUCUUCGUUCGACAGAAUAUAGUACACCUGAAAUCAGUUCUAUUGAAUAUAGUUCGACGGAAGUUGCAACAACUAAACUUAAGACAACUACAACAACAGCUGCAACGGAAUCUAGUUCCUAUAGAAAAGGUUCACCUAUUACCAAAUCAACCAUUCUUCCAGAUAUUACAUCGACUCAAUUUAUUUUUACUUCAACGGAACUUGGUUUUACUAAAUCUAGCACAACAACUACUGCCAGUAUAGAAACAAGUAGUUUUAAACCAACUAUAUUCAGCACACCAAUAAUCUCUUCCAUUGAACCUACGGAAUCUUCGUACGCACCAGAAAGUAGUUCCAAAUUAAUAACUUCUGAAAUACCACAGUCAACGUCAUCUGUAAAGCAGCUUACAACAACACUCGAGCAUGUUUCAUCUCCAACUGUGUCCAAUGCAACAACGACAUCCCCGGGAUUGGCCAGCUCCACUAUUGCAAAUACAACUUUAGCACAGAUGAAAACAAAAUACUGA